AUGCUGCGUUGCAUGGAUGGCUCUCAGGAUUUAUGUCGAUGUCUGGAGCCAAGGAUGCUGUCUUACAACCAGUCGGCCGAUAUGACAGCAUGCGCCGCUCUCCGACGGAUCACGGGGAAUGAGAUCAUCAUCCGCGACUGUUCUCCCCAAGAAUUAUGCCAUCUCAGUUACACCUGCAAGCGUUUGGCAUCAGUCGCUGGAGACUGUCUAUGGAGGGACAUUGAGUUUCAUGAGAAGGGAUAUCACGAGUCGAGCGCAGAGCUCAACGAGCCGUUGCCUUACAAAUCUCCCAAUCGGUUUUACCAUGAUUCGAAAAGGGAUGGUUGGCAGAGCGAUAUCAGCGAAAGAGCCAAGAAUCUCUUCUCCAUGCUGCAGGCACUCCACGCUCACGGUGAAGGACGCCUAAGGGAAGUUGCUGGUCGGGUGAAGAGUCUGUGUACCGUGAUUGAGCCACAGUGGAAGCCCGAUGAGAGUUCAGUGGCAGAGCCAGUCUCUGUUUGGAAGCUCUUACCUUACUUCAAGAACCUCGAAUACUUGGAGCUUCACGGCGCCUAUGAAACUUCCUACUACAGGGAGCUUGAGGAGAUACUAGAGGGGCCUUUGACCAAGCUGCGGUUCGCAAAACUCUUCGCUUACAUCCCCCGAUCUGUUUCAACUUACGUUCUCCAAUCCCACGAAACGCUCGAGCGCCUAGAGCUUGGUAUGUUAGAUCCGCCGCUGCCCAAUGCAGUCGGUAUCAGUGAACAAGAUGCUGGGAAUCAUGGCCGAUGGGAACACCAACCCAGGGGAGUCAUCCCAAGCCCACUUGGACAUUUCAUCCCCGAUGCCCGAGUCCCUUUCCCAAGCCUCAGGCACUUAUACUUAUGUUCACCUUGUAAUAGCCGUGGUGAUUACUUCAACCAGCAUAAUUCAUGGUCGACUUGCGCAGAGCGGAACUGUCUCGAGGCAUGGAAAAGGCUCAUCCUGGCGUCUCAUAGGACUCUGGAGACCCUCGUCAUCGAACAUCGACCUGCAGCAGGAAUCGAAGACAACGAAGGGUUCUCUGAGGAUGAGUUUCUCUCCACCGGAAAGACCGGUGCUGGCAACAGGGCAUUGUUGGAUGCCAUCGGGGACAUAAUCAUCGAUAAGGAGAGACUUCCCAGAUUGAAACGAGUGUAUCUGUAUGGAUUUGUUGCUGGCAGAUCAUCUGAAGCAUCGUCUGUCGAAAUACCCGGAGACUGGUUGAUGCAUGGGUUGGAAGCGAGAGAAGUCACCUGCGAAGCCAGAAGGGGAAAAUGGUGUCUGUUCGAUCAGGACUCAGGCGAGACAAAUUGGGCAAAGUGGACUGGAGAUGGGAAUAGUAAUCUUCACGAUGGUUAUAUGGGUAUCCGGUGGUAUUCACUUUUGGCUCGGGUAUAA